GGAGAAACAUAUUUAGCAAAGUUUUUGGAUUUGGGGGAUUAAUUUCAUGUUAAUUUGACCGGUUUGGAGUUUAAGGGACUUUUUAAAAUUACGUAAAAUUGGAGUUAAUUUUUAACCUUGUAGAGAGUAAGUGAAAGACUUUCACUGAAAGUAUUUAAUUAUUUUGGGUAAAACGUACAGCGCUUCGUUUCUUGCGGGUUUGCUACACAUUUUUUGCAAUACAUGGCAAGAAAUGCGAGGUGCGAGAAACUGCAAGAAAUGUGCGCCAUCCAGCCGCGCGCCGUAUGGCGUUGGGGCGUCGUUUCUUGCGCCGUGCAUUUCUUACAGGUCAAAAUAUUUUACCUGCAAGAACCACUUUUUUGCAAGUGGUUACUUCCACCCGGAACAAAUUAUUAAUGCGUGUUUAAUUAUGGAUAGUUUUUGCUCAAGAAACGUGACCACCUUGACCCCGAUUUUCGCCUAGAAACAUUCCUGUUAUUCGCCAUGUUAUAAUUUUAUUCCAAUUUUUUCGACACAAUGUUCCCUUUUGUCGACAAAGCAUGUUACAAAUGAUCUUUGUGCCAUCAAAUCGAAUGAGAACUUAUGACGUGCAUCAUCCCACAACUGCAAAAACGGUGAAUCAGCCAGAGAAUCGUUUAGAAUUAUGAUGAUAAGCUAAAGGUUAUCAGAUCACACGCAUACAUUUGCGAAUAUUUUGCUUGUUUGUACACACACUUAUGGAAUCCAUAUGCAAACAAAAUAUUCGCAAAUUGACCCACUACGUGACACAAUGCUUGCAUGUAAAAUUCGCGAAUAUAACGUUUUGCAUGUGCAUUUCUCUUUUUCCCGACGAAAUAUCAACGUCAGGCUCAGGCAUCAAUGGUAAAAGGUGAUGCAUUCUAUAAAAUGUUGUCAUUUGUAGCCAAACCUUUCUACCUGUCAGGCAAAUAAGUGCACAUUUUCGCAAAUAUUUUGCACGUAUAACAUUUUAAAAUUGCAAAAUUUUUCCAAGUGUUCUUACAAAAUAUGGCCACUACACCUGAAAAAUUUACAUUUUUCUACCACGCCGAAUCUCCCUUUUCGCAAUUCCACUACGCGAAAUUUACCGCAGCUCCGAUCAAUUUUCAUAAUGCAGAGGAGGAGCUCGAGGUUCAGGAAUUUUCCAGUUGCGAAAUGUGGAUGAUGUACAACAAAGCGAAACUCUUUAAAGAUGAGGACAUCGCUACAAAGAUUUUGAAUACGGAGGAACCCUUCAAGUGCAAAAAGUUGGGGAGACAGGUCAAGAAGUUUGACCAAGCGAUCUGGAAUAUGCACUCACGGACCAUCGUGAAAGAAGGGAAUCGCCACAAAUUCACGCAAAAUCCGGCCCUCCUGGAAAAACUGCGAGCCACGAAGGGCACCACGCUGGCGGAAGCGAGCCCGAGAGAUUUACUUUAUGGAAUCGGCCUGUCCGCUAAUAAUCCUCGUGCCUCGGACAGAAACAAGUGGAGAGGGAGGAACGUUCUGGGACAAAUAUUGACCGAUUUGAGGGACGAGUUGGACAAAUAGUGAUUUCACCGGAAAAUUGACGACAAAUUUUGUUAUAUUUUUGCAAGCGUGACCAAAAUACUGUGUCAAAAUGCAGUAUUUUGAGCCUCGUUCUGUCCAGGGUUUGGAUUUCUGGAGAUUUUACACCCAAAAACAGACGAGAA